AUGGGUGCACAAACCUGGAUCAAAUCCGGCUACUGGUAUUCCGGCAGUGAAUUCCCUGUCCCUGACAUAAAUUCUGCUCUCUUCACUCACCUUAUGUGUUCUUUUGCGGAUAUAAACUCUUCUACACAUGAGCUCUCCAUCUCCCCUUCCAAUCAACCAUACUUUUCCACCUUCACCACCAUCGUCAAGAAAAGAAACCCGUCGAUUAAAACUCUUCUAUCUGUAUGGGGUUCAAGAACAAACUCUUCAGUCAUGUCUUCGAUGGCAAGCCAACCAUCUUACAGAAAAUCUUUCAUUGACUCUUCGAUAAAAACAGCUCAGCUUUACGGGUUUCAUGGCCUUGACCUUUGGUGGAUUUCGCCAGAGUCUGGUUCAGACAUGACCAAUAUGGCCAUCCUCCUUGACGAGUGGCGAUCUGCUGUGAAUUCUCUGAAAAGAAAAUCAGGAGAGUCAGAACUGAGCUUGACCAUGGCUGUUCAUUACACACCAACUCUGGACUCCAUUACUUACCCAAUUGACUCAAUAAAGAGGAACUUAGAUUGGGUACAUGUCAAAUCAUUCGACUAUUAUUUACCUUCAAGGGAUAAAUUCACAGGUGCCCAUUCUGCUCUGUAUGACCCAUCAAGCAACAUAAGUACUGAUUUUGGUGUAAAGGAAUGGAUCAGUAAAGGACUACCAGCUAGCCAGUUAGUUUUGGGAUUGCCAUACCAUGGCUACGCAUGGACACUUGCAGACCCCAAAAACAACACUAUGGGUGCGCCGGCAUUAGGUCUGGCCAUUACAGCAGAUGGAUCCAUGAGCUAUAAGUACAUCAAGUGGUACAUCAGAAGUUAUGGAGCUGUUCCUGUGUACAAUGCUACUUAUGUGGUAAAUUACUGUGUCAUUGGCUCCUUCUGGAUUUGUUUUGAUGAUGUUGAGGCCAUCAAAACAAAAAUUUCUUAUGUAAAGGAGAAUAAGCUACUUGGCUACAAUGUCUUUCAAGUCCCCAAUGAUGACAACUGGAUGCUCUCUCAGGCAGGUGUGUUCACUUAA